UGAAUUGUUCUUAUUUCAGAUGAAGCGGCAAUCUGUCCUGCCACAACAGUGUAUUUUGCUGAUGACAUGUCUCCUAAUGGCUUUGGAAGCUGUACCUAUAGACAUAGAUAAGACAAAAGUUAAAGGAGAAGCCCAUGCAGAAGGAGAAAAAAUAGAAAAUCCAGAUACAGGGCUCUAUUACGAUGAGUAUCUCAGGCAAGUAAUAGAUGUCUUGGAAACAGAUAAGCAUUUCAGGGAGAAACUCCAGACCGCUGAUAUAGAAGAAAUAAAGAGUGGAAAACUAAGCAGAGAGCUUGAUUUAGUAAGCCACCAUGUAAGAACACGACUGGAUGAACUGAAAAGACAAGAGGUGGCAAGAUUAAGAAUGUUAAUUAAAGCUAAAAUGGAUUCUGUUCAAGACACUGGCUUAGACCAUCAGGCUCUCCUUAAACAGUUUGAGCACCUGAACCAUCAAAAUCCUGACACGUUUGAACCUAAAGACUUAGAUAUGUUGAUCAAAGCAGCUACAAGUGACCUGGAAAACUAUGAUAAGACACGCCAUGAAGAAUUUAAGAAAUACGAGAUGAUGAAAGAACAUGAGAGGAGAGAGUAUUUAAAAACACUAGAUGAAGAAAAGAGACAGCGAGAGGAAUCCAAAUUUGAAGAGAUGAAGAAAAAGCAUGGAGAUCACCCUAAAGUUCACCAUCCCGGAAGCAAAGAUCAACUGAAAGAGGUGUGGGAAGAAGCAGAUGGACUAGAUCCUAAUGAAUUUGAUCCAAAAACAUUUUUCAAAUUACAUGAUGUGAAUAAUGAUGGCUUCCUGGAUGAGCAAGAAUUAGAAGCCCUAUUUACUAAAGAGCUGGAAAAAGUCUACGACCCCAAAAAUGAAGAGGAUGACAUGGUUGAAAUGGAAGAGGAAAGGCUGAGAAUGAGAGAGCACGUAAUGAACGAGGUCGACGUCAACAAGGAUCGGCUAGUAACUUUGGAAGAGUUUCUGAGAGCUACAGAGAAAAAGGAAUUUUUGGAGCCAGAUAGCUGGGAGACGCUGGACCAACAGCAGCUCUUCACUGAGGAGGAGCUAAAGGAAUUUGAAAGUCAUAUUUCUCAGCAGGAAGAUGAACUUAGAAAAAAGGCAGAAGAUCUUCAGAAACAGAAGGAAGAGCUGCAGAGGCAGCAUGACCAGCUUCAGGCUCAGAAGCAAGAAUUUCAGCAGGUUGUGAAACAGAUGGAACAAAAGAAGCUGCAGCAAGGAAGUCCUCCUGCAGGACCAGCUGGGGAACUGAAAUUCCAACCCCCUGGGGAACAGAAAGUUGGAGAAGCACCAAACCAUCCUGCAGGAGGUGAUCAGCCUUUACCACCAGGACAUGUUCAAGAACCAGCUGCUAGAACUGAGCAUGUUCAAGUUCACCCUUAACCACUUGUGCCUCAACUUUAUACUGUCCUUUGUUUUGGGGGGAGGGUAAAGGGGGAAAAAAAAAUCAGAGUGAAACCAUGAACUCUCCACUUUCUUCCCCAGAUUGUAAAUUCUUUGGGAAUGUUACAGAUUAAAUAUUGAUCAGACUUGAAUCACUAAUUUAAAUUAUUUUUUCUCUCAAAUGCAUCAUUGAGAAAGGCAACAAGAGGAUCACUUAGAGGCUAUAUUGGAGAGGGAGAUGAAGUUACCAGUGCUGAGGGUUUUUAUGGCCAAGUGACUGAGCUGUUGUACUCUACAAAAAGUUGGCUGAGCUGCCAUUCUGUAGUUAGCCAUGAAUCAAAAUUUUCUCAGAGAAGCAGCAGGGACCUGGCUGAAUACCAAGUUAGGUCUUGUUUUAUGUAGAAACUUUUUCCAGAAAUGCUGAGCAGCAAAAUAUGGGGAAUUGAAGACCACAGAUAAAGAGAGGUCUACCAUUUCCAGCACUACCAACCCCUUUCUUCUCUGACACCAAACAAAAAAAAAAUCAAACUUUGCAUGCUUAAUCAUAGAAAAUUUGCACUUUCUAAAAUUUAACCACCACAAUUAUGUGGAACAGUGAAUAUUUUUCAUGUUUACAGAAGCCUAAGAAUUUCACUGUAAGCCUUCAAUAGGAAUACUGUACUUCUGGUGUACUGAUCUGAACCAUCCUCCUUGCUAAGAUUAAUUUUGUGUGGCAGUUGAAUACUCAACUGGCUCUUAGGACAGUACUUUUAUCUCUGUUUCUUUCAUCAGGUGCCAGCUGAUUGCAAAAUUUUGCAUGUUAUUAAGAUUUUUAUGUUGAUGGAAAUAUUGUGCAAAACAGAACAGGACUCAUUGUCUCUUUCUGUACAGAUUAUCCUACCUCCUCUGAUAAUAUCUUAUUUUACAAAAUGCGCCAUGUGCUUCAAAAAGCUCUUUUCAGAUAUGAUUUUUUGACUGUUAAAAGUCUCACUAUUAAUGCUUAUUAAUCUUUCAGCAGUAGAUAUAGCUUUAUGACAUGUUCUAGAACAGGGGUGCUACUUGAUUGUAUUGUUUUGGUCUUGAACCAGAAUAACUCCCUAAUACUGUAAACCAAGAUUUUACAAAAAAAACCAAAAGUUGAUUUUCCUGUGGGUUUUGCUAUAAUAUAGAAAACCUGUGUGAUUGUC